AUGGAAUCUACCAACAACCAAAUAGAAUCACCUGAAUCUCAAGAACAAUCCACAACCAUUCCACAAAUCGAACAGCAACCAAUCUCAACAGAACAACAAGUCACUCCAGCAAUCCAACAACCAAUUCCAUCAACAAGCUCAUUACUCGAUCAACACAUUUCACCAUCAAGAUCAGCACUUUCAGAUCAACAAAGCACACCCUCAAAAGACUCAACAAGUCGAUCAAAAAUGGAACCAAUCGAUGCACUGUCAGUUGGAUUGUUAUCAGAAUUCAAUUGCUUAAAAGAUUUAGAAACUCAAUUAGAACAACUUGUUAAUAAUCAGCAGGGAUUGAUUGAGAAUAUUACAUCGAUGAAUAUAGCUUAUACGCAUAAUCAGGAGCUGAUGGAGGCGCAGUUGAUGAUGAAAAAGAUGAAUCUCUACCGAAUGAAAUUAAAAAAGAUCAAAUCAGACAUGCUGUACAUUAAAAGUUCAACUCAAAGUUUGCUGCAAAAGUCAAUCGAUCUUCAAAACAUAAAAGUUAAUCAGAAAGCUGAACAAGUCAGAAGAUUUGACUAUGAAAUCGGAUUGAUUGCAAAAUCCAAUCAGAAUAGCUGAGAUAUUAGUGUAAUUAAGCUUGUAAAGGAGAGAGAUGCAGAAAUAGGAGAAAAUAGCUAUGAAGAUGGACUAGUGUGAUAGUAUUGUGAAGAAUUGAUUAGUUGGGAGAUUUGGGGAUUGUACAUAAAUGAUGUUUGCUAGCUUUUCGGGUAAACUAUAGUUAUACUGAUUAGUAUGGCUAGGUUUGGUUUGGGUAAGCUGCUAUUUGAAAUCUGGGUCUAAGAUCCUUUAUUUCAACAUCAUUAAUGAACAACCCUUUCAUGAACAACUUGUUAUACGUAAAAA